AUGUCGGAAAUGCCAAUCACGCCGAAAGUACCAACGGACUCCCCGUACGCCAUUGACGCGGAGAAAUUUGGGAAAACGAUUGACACGCUCAAGGCGGAGAACCAGACGGAGGUGCGACUGAAUGGAUACAUUACAUGUGUCCUACGGGGAUGGAGAAUGAUGGGGAUACAAGACAUUGCCCUAUGGAACGACUUCCGCGACGAGUUCAAUGGAUGGACCCCCGAAACAUUCAAAGUGCCAAACAAAACCGCACUGAAACUGCUUCGGAUGCAUUUGACAACCCACGGAGCCGCACAGGUCGAAGUAAAGACCAUGAGGGGAGACACUGGGGAUCACCUGAACGUACCACCCAAAUGGGACCGUUCACAGACUCCCGAGGUCAGGGACCCCAUCAGGGAGAAUACCGAGGACCACACGAAAAACAACCCAGAUGACUUCAACUUCGAAUGCGAACACGGAGAAUACCGAGGAAACUCCCCAGAGCCACUGUGGUCGAAAAUGCUCGAGAACGUGGUCAAACAGCACAUCCAUUGCAAGGAUGACCCCGCAGAGGAACUACAACAGAAUCCACCUUCUGAUAGCACUGACUAUGUGAGCCCGGAAUCAGACCCCACAAGUUCAGAGUAUCAGAAAUCAUCAUCUCCAAUUGAAUCGUCAACUGCACCUGCCCGGCGAGUACCAACAAGGUCACAAGGCAACUGCACGCAAUUAGAUCUCAAAGACCGCAUGGGGUCACCAGACUCAUCUGGCUCUGAGUCAGAUCCCGCAGCGCCAGCACAAGAUCCCGCAGCAGCAGCAAUACGCGCAGAAUUUCGUGAGCUACGGCGGCUGUAUACAUUCUGCCAGUGGAAGGCCAACGAGGAUGUCAGGCACAUAAACAUGUCAAUGCCACCAAUACCAAUACCAGAAGAUGGGGCUACGAACGCAAGGAAGAGGAGGGCUAUCUGGUGA